AUGACGAUUAAGAUGAAGACGAAGAAGGGAGGGACGGGGAGGAAGAAGAGGGACGAGAUGAAGCUCAUCGAGGACCCGGCCAAGCGGCAGGUGACCUUCUCCAAGCGCCGCCCCACGCUCUUCGGCAUGGCCGGCGACCUCUCCGCGCUCUGCGGCGUCCACGUCGCCGUCGUCGUCUUCUCCCGCUCCGCGCGCGGCAACGCCUACGCCUUCGGCAGCCCCUCCGUCGACGCCGUCCUCCAACGGUACCACCACCAGGAUGGCGGCCACGAUGGGGAUGAUGAAGACGCUGCAGCUGCUCUUGCCAUCGUCCAUGGCGAUGACGACGACGCUGGCGCUCUGGCGGCGUUGCGGCGGGAGCUGGACGACACCAAGGCCCGCGUGGAGGCGGAGAAGAAGCGCAUGAAGGCCGUGGAGGAGAAGGUGGAGCGGGCUAUGGCGGCAGGGUCAACUGCGCUGUGGUGGCAGGCCGACGUCCAGGCGCUCGGGGCGGCGGAGCUGCCGGAGUUCGAGACGGCGCUCCGGCGGCUCAGGGACACCCUCCUCCGCCGGGUCGACGCGCUGCAGCUACCUAUAGCCGCUGCACCGCCGGCCUACAUGGACAUGUAG